AUGGCUGUACUUUAUAAUGGGGACAACAGUGGAGAUAGUUCCCAUGAGAUUGGAUUGGAAAGGAGGAAGUCUUACCUAGUGAAACAGAAUGAGCUUCAUUUUCCAGAAUCUGCUCUUGAAUAUGUGAGUGGGGCUAUCAUGUCCCUUGGAGGAAGUGAACGCUUGUUGAAGACAGGAGCGAUUGGGCAGACUCUUGAUGAGGGAAAAGCCAUAAAUCUCUCUCUCAGAGCUUUGGCGGAUGUAAUUGCAGCCCUCAAAAGGAAGCUUCGUCACAUCCCUUUCAGAAAUAGCAAGCUAACACAAAUUCUCAAAGAUUCCCUUGGCGAUGGUUCAAAGGUACUGAUACUUGUGCAUAUAAGCCCAGGCGAGGAAGAUGUAGCUGAAACAACCUGUUCCUUAAACUUUGCAAAGAGGGUGAGAGCAAUAGUGUCCAACAGAGAAAUUCCAGAGGUAUUCCAAGUUCAGAACAAUUUUAGUUAUGUAUGUCUCUUGGAGUUUUUAAUCAGCACUGCCUUUGUUCGAGAAUUGAAGAAGCAGCAGGAAAAGAGGAUGUCUGAGCUCUAUGAAGAAAUGAGAGAAGCUGAAGAAGAAUGCCAGAAAUUAACGAACAAAUUACAGAAAGCUGAGUUUCUGUUGCAUGAAAAUAAGAAGCUUUUCUCAACUGCAUAUCGGGUUCUUGAACAUCCAGAUGAGAUGCCAGUAAACCACAUAGAAGAUCUUAAAGAAGUCAUAGCAACUCCUCAAACAGCUGAUAGAGCAGUUCGAAAAAACAUGUCUUGUUCUUUGCCUCGUUUCAUGACUUCUACUGUUGCAAGUCGCCAAAGGCAGUGCUGCCGAUGGAGACAUUAAUGGAAGGACGAAUGGAGAAAUUAAUGGAAGGGC